AUGCUCUUUGCCCUGCACGUGACUGUCAUGUCGUCAGCGUUUUUCAAUCCCAGUUUUGCCUUCAGCUCACACUUUGACACAGAUGGCGCUCCGCUGAGUGAGCUGUCGUGGCCUUCGUCACUUGCCGUUGUGGUGGUCUCCUUUUCCGGCCUCUUCGCCUUCGUCUUCCUCAUGCUGGCCUGCCUGUGCUGCAAGAAGGGCGACAUCGGCUUCAAGGAGUUUGACAACACCGAGGGCGAGGAGUACCAGGCGGACCUCUCGCCGUCUUCCCACAAUGGACCCGAGGUGUACAUCCUGCCCCUCACCGAGGUCUCCCUGCCCGUCUCCAAGCAGCCCGGUAGAUCCAUCCAGCUUCUCAAAUCGUCAGACCUCGGCCGCCAUAGUUUACUCUAUCUCAAGGAGAUUGGCCAUGGCUGGUUUGGAAAGGUAUUGCUGGGAGAGGUCAACGUAGGUCUCAGCACUACCCAGGUGGUGGUGAAGGAACUGAAGGCAAGUGCAAGUGUCCAAGAUCAAAUGCAAUUCCUGGAGGAGGUCCAGCCAUAUCGGACUUUGCAACAUCCUGCUCUCUUGCAAUGCUUGGCCCAGUGCACAGAGGUCACUCCCUAUCUGCUGGUCAUGGAGUUUUGCCCUCUGGGUGACCUGAAAAGCUACGUUUGCAGUUGCCGACUGUCAGACUCUGACACCCCCGACCCGCUCAUCCUCCAGCGAAUGGCGUGUGACAUCGCUUCAGGGCUUUUACAUCUUCACAAGAACAACUUCAUACACAGUGAUCUAGCCCUGCGAAACUGCCUGCUCACAUCAGAAAUGUCUGUGAAGAUCGGCGACUACGGCCUUUCUCACAGUCUGUUUAAGGAGGACUAUUACUACACACAAGACCAGAUUUGGGUGCCGCUGCGCUGGAUCGCACCUGAGCUCAUAGACGAAGUCCAUGGAAACCUGCUAGUUGUUGACCAGACCAAAGCAAGCAACAUCUGGUCAUUGGGAGUGACUGUGUGGGAGUUGUUUGAGCUUGGAGAGCAGCCAUACAGGCAGUACUCGGACAGACAGGUGUUGACGUACGCCGUGCGAGAACAGCAGCUUAAAUUGCCCAAACCGCAGCUUCAGUUCCUCCUCUCCGAGCGCUGGUAUGAGGUCAUGCAGUUCUGCUGGCUGCAGCCUGACCUGAGACCUAGCAGCGAGGAAGUCCACCUCCUGCUCACAUACUUGUGCGCUAAAGGCUCUAGCGAUGCUGAAGAGGAUUUCGAAGAGCGCUGGAAUGCCCUGAGACCGAAUUUGCUCGGAAGCCCUUCCCACACGGCGCCCCUGGUUCUCACUCCGACGGUGGCCGAGACCCGUGGCCCGUCCCACGCCCAGGCAGUGGAGCUGGCCUCGUCUGCCUCAUCCUCUUUCCCUCUGCUGGAGCAUUUCUCCGACAGCUUUCACUCAGACACGGGGGACGACUUGCUGACCGUAACUGAGACAAGCCACGGUCUCAACUUUGAGUAUAAGUGGGAGCAAGCCCGAGCCGAGCGGCCCUACUGCUCCUUGUCCACCAGCGGUCCACUGGGCCAAGUGAACCCUCACUACCAAGAUAUAUACUAUUCAAGCAAUGCAAGCGGAUGCAGGACUGAGACAUCCCCGUCCUACUAUGAGGCAGAGCAUCCGGGUGUGGUCCCUGUGUUAAGUGCUAACAGCCCUUCUGUCAGCAGCGAGUAUUACAUCCGAAUCGAAGAAACAUCCGAGUGUAACAGUAACUUAGACGGCAAAGUCGGGGAAUUCAGUCCUGUGCUGGAGGCCGACAACCCUCGGAUGUCACCUGAAAGUCAGACUGGUUCACUCACAGUACACCCGAAUGCUUACUGGUCAACUGCAAACGCGGCCAAAUCAACUGCGUACGAUUCAGAUUCAAGCCCCACUGUGCAGCUAACCAUGGAGCCACUAUUCAGGCAGCCAUCCAACCCCGUGGCGUUAAGCCAGCCUCACGCGGUCGACGUUGACUACUGUGAAUCCGUACGGCGAGUUAGUCUCUCAGAACCACAAAAUUCCAACGUUGAUUAUUCGAUGCCAUUGUCGGGAAAUCAGCCUCGUCUGUCACAAACAGCAAACAGCCCAAGCUUGGGGUUGUGUGAUCCCUACCUUGAAUGCGAAGGCAGCUGCAGCAUGCCCGAUGAUAGCUCCCAUAACACAAUGGGAUCCCUUCGAAAGACAAUACCCAUCGUAGAUCACAUUAGUAUCGAUGUUGAAACAUGUCCUGGAUUACUGGCGGGUCAUCAGAGUAACGAAGAAGUCACAAACUGGUCCUUAAACCAUUCUGCCAACAACAACAUCCCAAACUUUGGCAACAGUAAUAGAGAGAAGAUGGCGAAUUAUUUGGAUUUUGAGUAUAAUGUGCACUGCAACACAACUGAAAUGUGGUCUUUAACCAAGGACACCACCAAAACCUUUCGCAGCUCCAGGACUUGUAAAGAGGAAGCAGAAACGAGAGAAUUUGCUUGUAACGAUGCCAGCAAACUCAACCAACUAGGAUCGUACAUUCAGUUAUGUCACCGAGAGGGUGAUGUUGGUCCAGAGAAAACCAACUUGGCUAAUCAUGUCGCAACUAAACAUGCCCGAGAAGACGAAAAGCAAUUUUUAUCUCAUGGAGAGAGAUUGCAUUCUAAACGCAAGAUAAUACCUGACACAACCUAUACUAAGUCUCCAUCUUUUAAGGAAUCUUGUGGUUGGAAUCAAGCCAUUCCAGAGAAGCAGAGGGCUAACCUUUGGGAGGGAGCUGGAAUUGGAGUUUCUUCCGUUAGAGAUGUACGACUAACUUAUCCUCCAAUAGACUGUAGCAGGAAGUUGCAAAGUGGAGUAGGGAUCGGAGACUCCAGUGCAACCCUGGUGGAGCUUGGAGACUACAGUGAAGAGGAUGAUGACUUUACAGACAUAACAUCAAGCAUUUUUACCGACUUCAACCUUGAUUACACGGACAUACAGGAGGAAGAGCUAAGUCCCCUUAAGAACUCAGAAGGAACUCCUGACCUGGUGGAUACUAUCAACCUUUCGUCUUCAGUGACAAGCACCUGUGACCAAGCUUUCAGCCCAGAAUCUUUCAAUACUCCUGCCCAGCCCAAAUCCCUGGACAGUGGGUACGACACGGAAAAUAACGGCUCUCCAGAAUUUAUAUUUAAAGAGCUUGUAGGUACUCAAACAGGUGGAAAUGGACUUGUGUUGCAAGUGGGAGUUCGACAAAACCUCACUAGCGCGUCAGAGGUCCGCCUAAAGGACAUGAUUGAUAAAAACACGUAUCGAGACUCGGCUUAUUUUUCUGACUACGACACUGAAAAUGACAAAAGCCCACGGGAGGAAAUUCGUAAAUUCUUUGCCGGACCGACUAAACGCGAGUUAUACUCCGGGAAACUGAGCUACUCCCGAGAUUUAAUUAAAAGGGAAUGCAACGAGAGUUGCUCAUCUGAGCCAAACUCUCCCAAUUCUCUUUCCACACCAGAGUUGUCUAUGUUAUCACCGUUUCCUGUACAGAUGGGAGGAUGCCUGACCAAAGAGGCAGCCCCGGACUUUGACGAUCUGGAGUUUGAGACUGAACACCAAGAGGAGCCCUGCUCGCAGCUUAGCUCCUCUGCUGAUCCGGAACCUUCCUCCACCAUCCAGGAGGCCUCAACAAAUUACCGCGACGGAAGAAACAACUCUGAAGACUGUUGCCACGUAGAGAUUUUACGAACUGACUCCACUGUAUCCGACUAUAAAGACGACGAAUCCAAAGAGAAUGAAAAUACCGAUCAAUCCACAGAGGAGGAAGAACUGCCAGAAUUCAAUCACGCGGAAGCGCUGCCAGACAGAGCGGAAACGGUCAGGAUAAACGAGGAGGACUUCGAGGACAUCGACGCUGAGGAAUCGGAUUCCCAAGAUAGCUUGUGCGAAGUUUCCAACGGUGCUGCCGAAGUGUCGUCCGCCUCUUCGCUACUAGAGCUGUGCGGGGAGGAUGUAAGAGCACCACUUGAGGAGGCGGAAGACGAAGAUGACUCUGACGACAGUGAGUCCGACGAAGAGUUGCGGACCUACAGCAUCCAGGAGGAAGACUCCAGCGAGGGGAGCGAUGAGGAUUUCACAGCAGUGCCUGUGGUGGUGAGCGACAGCAGCAGGGCGCGGCAUCUCCGCAGCCUGCUGAAGAUGCCGAAGCUCCUCACUCAGUCCUUCUGUGAGGAGCUGGAGAGGAAGAAAAAGGCAGUGUCCUUCUUUGAUGACGUCACCGUAUUCCUCUUUGACCAGGAGAGUCCAACCGGAGAACUGGUGGACUGUAGCUUCCCCACUGAAGAGACGUCCAGCGGGAACGCGACACAGGAAGUAAACACCUCCAACAUGAAUGAAAACAUGUCCAAUGAAAUUGAAAACACCUCCGACGUGGAUGACAUGUUGGACACAUCUAAAGUUGAAGUUUAUGAGGCGCAGUGUGAUUCAGAGAAGUCAGACUGCGACAAAGCAGAUCAAGGUUUUGAGUGGGAGGAUGGCCCAGCAUUAGAAGAAAGCCCAACGUCACCCGGGUUGCAAGCAGCACCCGAUUCUCCUUCAAACAGUCCUGAGGUGUCAAAAUCUGUAGCACUGAACCGGUUUAUGGUCUCCAGAUUCUCCAUCACGCACGUGUCAGACACAACCGCAACAACGGGGAAUGCUGAAAACAGUCCAAAAGACUGA